AUCGCUUUUAUUCGUUUGAAAACUGAUAAAAGCGUUCAACAGGACUUAACAGGACUCAUUUCAGUUUGCUUUCUUGUGCUUCAAGGAGCGGAAUCCAGUGAUUUGUGGAUAAUUGUUCCACUUCUUCUCUUUUCCAACAUGAAGAUUUUUUUAAGCGUGCUUGUUUUGGUAAUGGUCACUUUGACUUCGGUUUCAUCCGCAAGACCGAAAAAGGAAGGCAAAAAACUGUUCGUUCGAUGUCAAGGUGAUUCAUGCCCCAAACCUAAAGACGCCCAUCACCAACAUCCACUGCCAAAAUCUUGCCUUGACUACCUGAGAAAAGGUGUUUCCAAAUGCGGUGUUUACAAGAUCUACGAUAACGCURGUAACAGCUUUCCUGUCUAUUGUGAUAUGAAGACAGAGCCAGGGAAUGCAUGGACUCUUGUCGAGUCUUGGAGCAACAAGAAUCGCGCAUUCAGUCAGUUCAAGUCCGCUGUUUUCAGCAAAAACGCUCCCGUCAACGAGAAUGCACCCAACUUUAACAUAUACCGGCAGACAUUGUCUCGUAUACAGUCCAUCAAGAGUCACUCUACACACUGGAGAGCCACGUGUAGUUACCCUACACACGGCAAUCCCAACUUCCGCUGUACCGCUAACGACAACGCGACAACCCAGUGGUGGUUCGGUGGUCAUCUUUGAACAAGAAACUCAAACAAACGUGAUUCUAGAUCAAAAUCCUGCAACUUGUAUUCACAUAAAGAAUAGAUGUAAAACUAAAGCUAUUAGCUCCAAAACAAAUCUAUUAGUGACAAUGCAAUAAACAACUUGUCGUAAUACUCUAGUUCGUUUGUUGUAAACGUAUAAAUCUUGAGAAGAAAAUAAAAUACAUGGAUAAAAAUCAGA